AUGGAACAACCAGCUGAACCGGCUAGAGAAAUCGAUCUUGAGGCCCCAGAUCAGAGUAUUGACGGGGUGGAAAGGAAAACAACGGAAUCAACACCAAUGCGAAAUGCAGAAGAACAAGAAAGGAAAACGAUAGAGUUCUCACCAAGUGGCAUUGUGGACGAUCCAACAAGCAAGACGCCUGAAACGAUAAAAGACGAUUCCACAAAAAGAACGUCGUUCACAGAGAGGAUUGGAACCAUGGUCGGGAUGAAACCAAAAGAGAAAGAGGAGGUAAUGCCGACGACAGAGAAACGCAAAACGUUUGGAACAGGUUCCGCAAUUUUAACAGAGGCCAAACAAGACGAAGAGCAGCUGGGCGACUUGAUUGCAAAGUUGGAGCAAAUCGACAAGGAACUGAAAUACAGUGAGGAGGACCGCCAAAAUCUAAAAAAGGAGAUACGAAACUACAAGAAUGAGAACCUAGACAACUGCUUCAACCUGGCAACGGCGACGGAAGAGAAGCUAAAGCAGAUGUCAGACAAGGUAGAGGCUACCAACAAAGAGCGAGAGAAACAUAUCAAGAAGGUUAUGGAAGAAAUGAAGAAACGGUACGACACCGUGAACGAGAAGUUGUGGAAUCUAGAUACUAGAAUGGAUGCAAUGGGCAAGGAACAAGCUGAAAAAUCUUGUGCCAUACAGUCCAAACUGGAUGCACUCUAG